AUGUCUUGUAUUCUAUUACAUAGAAAUUCAUUGCCAGUGUCAAGUCGAUCUUACAAAUUAAUCAUAAAAAAUGUUGAAGACGUUGGGCAGUAUCCGGUCAAGGAUUCGGUUCAGUUGAUCGUACCGGCCGAAAACUCGACACACUUUGACAUUAUUCGAUUAUUUGACGGUUUUUCGGCGAACAGUAUUCCGGAUACUGUAUCCGUGAACGAUGUGCAUACAUUUGAGCUUGCACUCCGAGGUCACGAUGAAAAAUCAAAUUCAGAGAAUCCCGGCGUAUUUCGAGGUCUUAUAAACUUUAGUUCAGAGUUAGAUUCGGUACUAAAAUGUCAUAUUGAGAACUCUUCGGUAUUUAAAGGUUUAUCCAAAUCAAUCCAAAAUGAUUUACUAGAAUGUUGUUUAGCUGUAUGUCAACAAAGAAUUAAAAAUGAAAUAAAACAAGCAGAAUAUAUUUCUGUAAUGGCUGACGAAACAACUGACGUAUCUGCUCAGUUUCAAUUGUCAAUAAUAUUUAGAUAUUUACUAUCGGAUGGAACACCAGUAGAAAGAUUUUGGGGAUUUUUCAAUCCUACUGGACACGAUGCGAAAUCGUUGUCUGAAUGUAUAAUAUUUAAUUUGGAAAAAGUCCUAGAGUCACCAGAUAUUCCGCAGCGGGUUACGGUUUUAGAUAAAAUUGUUAAACACAGAGUUCCUCGAUCAUCUAAUACUAGAUGGAAUUUUAAAAGUCGAAUAGUAAAUACUGUGUAUGAGAAUCUUGAGUCGUUAAUUGAAUGUAUGAAAGAAAUUGAAUCAACAUUCAAUCAAACCAUAGCAAUUAAUCAAGCUGGAGCUUUGCAUCGGAUGUUAAUUGACGAUAGAUUUAUAUUUUGGUUAAGAGUGUUUCAUUCUUUAAUGCCUCAUGUUGAUAUUUUAUAUAAUCAACUACAAAAACCAACUAUGGAUCCUGUAGAACUUUCAAAGGCAAUUUUUCGGUUCGAAGAAAAUAUAUUAAAAGAAAGACAGAAUAUUGAUAACAUCUUUGAAACUUCUCAAAAUCAUCCAACGAAAAAACGAAAACAUGAUGAUACUAUUGAAACAAGAAAAAUCGCUGCAAAAGAAGUAUGUGACAUUUUUAUUGUCAACGUUAAAGAACGGUUUGAUUAUAAAAACCACUUAAAUGCUUCGCACCUAUUUUUAUCUACCAAAUUUCUUAUGUACGAAAAUAACUUCCCAGGUGACCAUUUUAAUAAAACAAUUGAAGCAUAUCCUUUUUUGGAUGUUACUAAACUUAAAACUGAACUACAACUGUUCUACAAAAGAACCGAUUUCCCUGAAGCCGAAAGGUCGUUUUCUACAUUGAAACGUAUUAAAACAUUUUUGAGAAAUUCAAUGACAGAAGAUCGACUUACAGCACUAGCUAUGUUAUCGAUCGAAAAACGGAUGAUCAACAACAUUCCAAACUUCAACGAAGAAGUAAUAAACAGAUUUGCAGAAAAAAAAGAGAGGAGAAUCGAUUUAACAUAUAAAUAUGUACCUGAAAUAUAA